AUGAAGUGGAUACUGUUCUUUGGGGCCUUUAUUGGGCCCAGCGUCUGCGGCCGAGAAAAGUUUUUUGGGGACUAAGUUUUUAGGAUUAAUGUCAGAAAUGGAGACGAGAGCAGCAAACUAAGUCAGCUGUUGAAUUCAGACAACUUUAAGCUCAACGUCUGGAAAUCUCCCUCCACCUUCAGUCAUCCUGUGGAUGUCCUGGUCCCAUCUGUCAGUCUGCAGCCAGUCAAAUCCUUCCCGAAGUCCCAGGGCUUAGAGUACUCAGUGACAAUUGAAGACCUGCAGGCCCUUUUAGAUAACGAAGAUGAAGAAAUGCGACACAAUGAAGGGCAAGAACGGAGCAAUAAUAACUUCAACUAUGGAGCCUACCAUUCCCUGGAAGCUAUUUACCAUGAGAUGGACAACAUUGCCGGAGAGUUUCCUGACUUGGCGUGCAGGGUGAAGAUUGGGCAUUCGUUUGAAAACCUCAUGUAUGUACGGAAGUUCAGCACUGUAGAAGGCAGGCAGCCGCCGGCCAUUUGGCUGAACGCAGGCAUCCAUUCCCGGGAGUGGCUCUCACCGGCUACGGCCAUCUGGACCGCAAGGAAGGUUGUAUCUGAUUAUGGGAAAGAUCCAGCCAUCACCUCCAUCUUGGAGAAGAUGGAUAUUUUCUUGUUGCCUGUGGCCAAUCCUGAUGGAUAUUUAUACAUGCAAACUGAAAACCAAUUUUGGAGGAAGACACGAUCCCUAAAUUCUGGAAGCUCCUGCGUUGGCACUGAUCCAAAUAGAAAUUGGAACUCUAGUUUUGCAGGAGAGGAAACCAGUGACAACCCUUGCUCUGAAGUGUACCAUAGACCCCAUGCCAAUUUGGAAGUGGAGGUGAAAUCGGUGGUAGAUUUCAUCCAAGAACACGAGAAUUUCAAAUGCUUCAUCGACCUGCAUAGCUACUCACAGCUGCUAAUGUAUCAGUAUGGGUAUACGGUCAACAAAGCCUCAGAUGCUGAGGAGCUGGACGAGGUGGCAAGGCAUGCAGCCAAAGCUCUUGCUUCCCUGUCGGGCACUGUCUACCGAGUGGGUCCUACCUGCACCACUGUCUAUCCAGCUAGCGGGAGCAGUACUGACUGGGCGUAUGAUAAUGGCAUCAAGUAUGCACUCACUUUUGAGUUGAGAGAUACUGGGCACUAUGGCUUCCUCCUGCCAGCCAACCAGAUCAUCCCCACUGCAGAGGAGACGUGCCUGGGGCUGAAGACCAUCAUGGAGCACGUGCGGGACAACCUCUACUAG